UAUCGGAGAAAAUAGUCGCGCCAUUUGUUCCACGAGCCGGUAUAUUUACAAAACAUUACAGACGAUCUCUAAUAAAAUAAAGUAGUUUUAUUUUCAAUGGCAUAAUGUCACUGACUAAUGUUUUCUCCAACACAUCAGAUACCAAAACCAUAAUAAGAUUUGUGAAAGAAAUAGAAAGGCAUCCAUGUUUAUACGAUCGGAAAUCACCUAAAUACAUGGAUCGUGAGUUAAAAAGGAAAACCUGGAUUUACAUUGCUAAGAAAGCGAAUAGUACGGUUGCGGACUGCAAGGACAAAUGGACAAAAAUAAGGACAGCUUAUAUUAGAACUUUGAGGCCGAGUUAUAAUGCUGGUGUGCGUACCUUCAGCAGGCCAUACUAUUUGGCCAACUAUCUUAAAUUCAUACCAAGCGUUAAAAGAAAUAACACAUGCAAAAACCGACACUGUCCAUCAACAUCAGAAGAUAAACAUCACCAGAAGGAAGACACAAAUUAUAUAGAGACAAAUAAAGCAGAGGAGGAAGAAUCAGAAGAAUCUGAAGAUAAUAACAGUAGUCCAGAUGAGGAUUCUCAACAUCAGGUGCUUAUGGAUAAUGAUAACAACAACAGUACUGAAGACAACGAUGAUGAUGAUGAUGAUGAUGAUAGUGGUGGUGAUAAUGACGAUGAUGAUGGAAUUACAGGUUAUAAUAAUAUAGUAAUUGAUAAGAAGGAAACCGCCAAGAACGAAAUAAAUAAAAGUACAGUUAAAGACGCUAUAAAUAGAAAUGAAAGUAGCGGAAAAACUACAACGCGUAUGCCUUGCAGUGAAAAUAUUGAAAGCAACCCUAGAAAAAUGUUCCUUUUCAGUCUACUGCCUGAUAUUGAAGAUUUAAAUGAACAGCAAAUGAGACGUUUUAGAAGGGAGGUUAUAAAAUUAAUCGAUAAUGUUAUGUAUAAUUAAUUUUUCGACUUACCUUAUCUACCAUAAUAAUAUGUAUA